AUGUCUUCAACUGCUGACCCAAGGCGUCCUAACAACAUUGUUCCAUACCAUAAUCCAAAAAAAGAAUUAGAUGAAAUAGAUCCUGAUUUCUUUGGAAUAUUUUCACUUUUAUUGAGUACUGUUGGUCUUAUUAUGAAGAUAAAAUGGGCUUCAUGGAUAUCUUUGGUUUUUGCCAUUAUUUCUAUGACUAAUGAGAAAGCAACAGAUCAGGAUCCCAAUAGUGGAAGAACUUCAUCUAUCACCAGAUUAUUUGUAAAUUAUAUAUAUUUAUUUGUUGGAAUUCCUAAUCCUUCCACCACCAACAAAACUUAA